GUGGGUGUGUACCUAUAAGAUAGUAUAGAAGCUGUUUGUCGCAUGGUUAGUUCUUUCUGCUUAUUCGGACCUGUAGCCUUCAUAAACACAGCUGCACAAUGUAUGAAACUACUUCGAUGGUAACUUCACAAGGCCAGUAGUUCCCCUUGGAACCUGCCAAGAGAGGAGCCUUAUCACAGCAAUGGCAGAAUCAAAUGAUUAUGCUGGUGAGUUCCUGGAGGAGUUCAGGGAGCAAAUCAUCUCUCAGGUCCAGCAUGUUGGGCUGAUAGCAAAUGCUGUGAUCUCACAGCAGCUGGUCCCGGAGGAGGCAGCAUUCGAUGUGCAGACUGCUCAGACCCCCCAAGAGGUACUAAAAAGACUGUUUAAGGCUCUGGAGACAGCACAACCACAAAGCAGAGAGUCCUUUCUCCUGAUACUGAGGCUACAUGAACCUAAACUCAUGGAGGAACUGGAAAGGAGACACCAGAACAGCAAGAGCACUCAAACAGAUGUGGCACAGGGGCCUGUUGAGAGGAGAGAGGAGAGUGGAGCAUGGCGAAAAGAUGACACCCAGUCCAAGAGGGAAUCCUUAAAACGCAGAAGACAGGAAACCAUGCAAGCCAUCGAGAAAAUAGAGAGACUCUGGGAGGGCACGAAAAGAGAGCGAGGAGAAGUGGGCGGCUUGAGAGAGAAGAUCGAGAGGCAGCAGGGGGAAAUCACUCAGCUUUUGGAGGAGAAACAACAAAAUGAGAGAACUAUCGAUCAGCUGAGAGUUCAGCUACAACAUGCCAGGGAGCGAAUGUCACAGAGUGGGGAGGAUGCAGACAGAGAGAGAGAGGGAAUGGAACAGAUGAGGGCUGACAUCCAGACAGAGAGAGAGAUGCUAGAGCACAGACGUGAGGACAUCUUUCGUGAGCGGCAAGAGCUGGAGCUGAUAAGAUAUGAGACACUAAGAGCAAAGGAGGAGACACAGAGAAACCAACAGAUCACUAGACUGGAGAAAGAGAAGAUGGAUCAGAUGAAGAGUGACAUCCAAGGUCAGAUUUACGAAAUAGAAAAACAAAUUGAAGAGACAAAACAAGCUAAAGAAAGCAUGGAACGGAUGAAAGCUGAGGUACAAAGUGAAAAAGAUGACUUAGAGAAAAAGAGACAUGACAUAAAGAAGCAGAAAGAGCAAUUCGAACAGAUAAAAAAUGAAAUUAAUACAGUUAAGGAAGAGAUGGAGGUGCGAUGGCGAGAAGCAGAGAAAGAUGAGCAGGAACAGCGAGUGCUUAUUCAACAGGAGAAAGAUCAACUAUUGAGUUUGCAGGCUGAAUUGGAAAUAGCAAAGGAGGAGAUUGAAAAUAACAAAGAGAAAACCAGUCAAGAGAGAGAGAGACUACACAGUCUGAAAACAAAUUUACAUCUAGAAAAGGAUUUAAUUGACAAGAGAAAAUCUGAGGUCUCCAGAAAAGAGAAGGAUUUGGAGAAGGUAAGAUGGGAGUUAGAAACAGCACAGGAGGAGCUAGAGAGAGAAAAAGAAGAAGUAAGUAAGGAGAGAGAAAAGCUAGACUGGGCAAGAAUUGACAUCCAAAAGAAAACAAAGACCAUAGAUAGGAGGAUAGAGGAGAAAAGACAAGCAAGCAGAAAACUGGAGCAGGUGAGGGCUGAGGUCCAGAGGGCCAAAGACAUCCUGGAGAAACAGCGGGAUGAUGCCCGUAAGGCAAAGGAAGAAAUGGAGAAACGAAAGUAUGACACAAUGAAAGAGGAGAUUGAACAGCGAGCUGGAAUACAGAGAGAGAGAGAUGAAGUGGAGAGGAUGAAGGCAGAGGUCCAGAAGGUUAGUGAGAUGAACAGGAUAAAGGAAGAGAAAGAAAGGCAACAACUGAGACAGUGGAGUGAAGAAGUACAACGGGAUAAGGAGACAACUGAAAGAAUGAAAGCUGAGAUAGAAAUAGAAAAAGAAAAGAUAGAGAGAAGGAGCACUGAGAUUCUGAAAGAAAGGCAAGAGCUGGAGGCUAUGAGGUAUGGUCUACUAAAGGACAGUGAAGAGACAGAGCAGAACCGCGAGAUUAUAAAAAGAGAGAAAGAGCGAAUGGAGAAAAUGAAAGCUCACAUACAGCUUCAGAUUGAUGAUAUUGAGCAUAAAAUUGAAGAAACAAAACAAACAAAGGACCAAAUGGACCUCAUGAAAGCAGAGAUCCAGAGAGAAAAAGAUGAAGUGGAAACCCAAAGGGAGAAGAAUAAGGUGGAAAAAGAACAUUAUGAGUCAAUAAAGUCUGAAAUCAUUCAGCUCAAAGAUGAAAUGGAAAGAAAAUGGUUUGAGACAGAGAAGGAAGAAAUGGAACAGAGAACAAGAACCCAACAAGAACAAGAAAAUCUGGACCAACUAAAGGAGGAGAUUCAAAAAGAAAAAGAUAACAUUGAAAUGAACAGGGAAGAAAUGAGACAAGAGAAAGAGCUGAUUGAACAAAUGAAAGCUUUCUUAAAAGGGGAGAAAGACUCUUUGAAGAAAAGAACAGAUGAUGUAAAGAAAAGAGAAGAACAGUUAAAGCAAGAAUUUGAUGCACAGAACGAAGAUAUCCAAAGCAGAGUGACCAAUGUACAAAAAAAGAGGGAUGAAAUCAACCAAAUGAGACAAGAACUGAAACAACAGAUGAGAGAGCUUGAGAAAAGGGUUUCUGAAGCAUCAAGGGUCCACAAAGAGGCAGAAGAUAUAAAGGAAGCAGUAAAGGAAGCUGAGAGCACCCUGGAACGACAGCGAAUGGAGACUGUUAAAGGAAAAGAGGAGAUGGAGAAAAGGAGGUAUGAGGUGGCGAUGGAGGAGUUGGAGAAACGAGCAGAGCUGCAAAGAGAGAGAGAAGAACUGGAAAACAUGAGGACAGAAAUGCUUAGAUUACAACAGGACCAGGAGAGAGUGAGAUAUGCUGAUGAAAGACAGCUCUUACAGAGCAUGCUGCAAGAAAACAAGCAAGAAAAAGAAACGAUUGAACAGUUGAAAGUUGCUAUGCAGAGGGAGAGAGAUGAUCUUGAUAAGGUAAAAAGGGAAUCAGAGAAAGAAUGGGAUAGGCUGGAGCAGGUACGUGAGGAAACCGUUAGACUCAAGGAGGAGCUGGAUAAGAGUAGGUAUGAUGGCAUUAGAGAGGAGGUACAACAGAGGACACAACACCAGAAAGAGAGAGAGGAUAUAGAAAGAGCCACAAAUGCAGUGGUGAGAGAGAGAGAAAUGAUUGAGCACACCAGAGAGACAGUAACACUGGAGAGGCAGAGGAUAGAACAAAUAAGGACAGAACUGGAGGAACAGAAAGAGGAUAUUAAGAGAACAUUGAGAGAAACAAGAAAGGAGGAGGAACGACUGCAACAGAUGAGAGUCGAGCUUGAGAACCAAAGGGAGAAUCUGGAAAGGAUGAGACAGGAAACACGUAAAGAGGCAGAGCCAUAUGAGCGGGUAAAACAAGAAAUAGACAGAGUCAGAGCAGAGAUUGAGAGAAUGUGGGAUGAGACUGAGAGAGAGGAAAGGGAGGAGAGAGAAAAGUUACAGGUAGAAAAAGAAGAGGUGAACAAGAGAGUGGAAGAGAUGAAGAGAGAAAUGCACCAGAUCCAGGGCAUGAAGGAUGACUUAAAGAAGCAGAAACAUGAGACUGAAGCCAAGAUGGAAAGAAUCCAAAGAGAGAUGGAGCAUCUUGAGAGGAUGAGAGCUGAUAUACAGAGACAGAAAGAGGAGGUGGAGAGUAAAAUGGCAGAGACAAAAAUGGAGAAGAACGAGCUGGAGAGGAUACGCUCAGACAUCUUGAAACAGAGAGAGGAGGUAGAGAUCAAGAUGCAACAGGCCCAAAUGGAGAUGGAGGAAAUGAGGAGACAGAGGGAUGAGAUCCAGAAACAGCGAGAGGAGCUAGAGGACAAAAUGCAAAAGACUAAACGAGACAUGGCAGAGAUGGAGUAUAUGACUGCUGAGAUGGAGAGAAAGAGGAAAGAGCUAGAGCAGAGACUGAGGAAAACCAGGAGAAAGAGAGAUGAGAUGGAACAGAUGAAAGUGGAGAUAGAGAAGGCAAAGGAUGAAUUUCAACUCAAAAGGGAAGAGACAGAGAAAGAGAAACGAGAUAUGGAGAGGUUUAUGGCUGAACUGCAAAGAGCCAGAGAUGAAUUUGACAGCAAGGCAGAGUUUAGUGAUAGAGACCCAGAGGAACAGGAUAAAAUCAACACAGAAAUCUUCCGACUGAUUCAGGAAAUGGAGAAAACCAGAGAAAUGGUUUGGAGAACAAAAAUGGACGUGCAGAGUAAAAUGGAAGUGUGUCAUAUAGACAUCAGCGACAGAGAGCUUAUGAACACUGAGCUGCAAAGACUGAUUCAAGAGAUAGAGCACAUCCGUGAGUUGCUGAAAAGAAUUAAACUAGAAACUGACCAAAGUGCAUAUGCCAUUAAGAGAGAGAGGGAUGAGCUGAAAAUGGUAAGGCUAGAGAUACAAAGAAAGAGAAGAGACCUGGACCAGAGACUUGAAAGAACCCUGAGGGCGAGAGAUGAGCUGGAAAUUUUGAAAUUGAAGCUAGCACAACAGCAGAAUGAGGUGGAAGAACGGCUGAGAGAGUGUGAGAUUGAAACAAAGAAGGUAGAGACCAAGAGAGAGGAUAUGCAACGAGACUCAGAAGCCAUACAACAGGCCCAAGAAGAGAAAGAGAAGCUGCAGUUGGACCUCGAAGACCUGAACAAACAGAAGGAAAUACUAAAGGCUGAGAUUCUGCAACUCAGACAUGCACCUGAACGGGAAAUGAAAGACGAGAAAGACUUGGAUGACUCCGGGAUGGGAGAUGAGCUAGAAAAACAUCAGUUCUCAAUCAGUAUGUCUGAGAUGGAGGAACAUCAAAAUUACAUACAGCAACAGAAAGAGAUACUCCAAACACAGAGAUGUGAACUAGAGGAAAUAAAGCUUGAGAUAGACAGAGAGAAAGACAAUAUAGAAAAAAUGAAGGACAGGAUCAAAGAUGAAAACAGCAGGUUAGAAACAAUGACAAAACAGCUCAACAAAGAGAAGGAAAAGGUUGACCAUAUGAAUUUGGACUCAUUCAGAAUGAAGCAAGAGCUUGAACUGAUGCAUGCCGAGAUUCAAAGAAAGCAAGAAAAUGUUCAGCGCAGCCAAGCUCAACUUGAUAAAGACAAAAUAGUUCUGGGGGAAAAGAAACUAGAACUGCUAAAAGAAAAAGAAGACAAUGAGAGAGAUGCCAAAAAGAUCAGAGAAGAUCUAGACAUAGUUAAAGUAGAGAUAGAAAGACAAAAACAAGAAAUACUAAACGAUAGGGAACAGCUUGAAAAACAGAAGAGUGAAUUACUAACUGAAAAUGUAGAGAUCCAAAAGAAAACCACAAAAUUGGAAAUAAUCUCAAAUGAAAUGAAAAGAGAAAAGAGGGAAAUAGAGGAACAAGCAGGGCAACUUACAAAACAAAAGGAAGAGUUUGAUGAAGAAAUUAAAAAACAGAGUAAAGAAUUGAAUGAGAGCAGAAAUGAACUUGAACAAAAAUGGAAAGAUUUAGAAAAAGUGAAGGAAUUUCUGCAGGCUGAAAUACAACAACAAAGACAAGAUGCUCAGAAACUCUUGGAGGACACAAUAAAAGCAGAAAAACUGAAGAAAGAACAAAUUCAGAAAGAAAUGGAGGAACUAAAAAACAAAAUGGCUGACAUGGAAAAAAAUAGGGCUGAUCUCCAGAGAGAAAAAAUGGAGGUAAAGAUGAAACAUGAUGAAAUUGAGGUAAGGAUGGAAAAAGUGAAAAUUGAUAUACAAAUACUAGAGGAAAAGGAAACUAACAUAAAAAGGCAAAAAGAAGAACUUGAUAAAACAAUGGUGCAGACAAAGAAGGAAAAACAGCACAUAGAGAAAGAAAAAAAUGACUUAUCCGGACAAAGGGAGGAAACAGAAGCUAAAUUAAAACUCUUGAAAAAAGAAAUGGAAAAAGUUAAAAGCAUUGAAAAUGACAUUCAAAAACAGAGAGAAGAUGUAGAUGACAAAAUACAAAAGAUGAAAAGGGAGAUGAGAGAAAUGGAACUCACUAAAGCUGAGCUGGAGGCCGAGAGAAGGCAACUGGAGCACACCAUCAGAAGAAACACCAGAAAACUUAAUGAGAUGGAAAAAUCAAAGACAAAAAUACAACAGGCUAAAGAAGAACUAGAUGCACUUAUGGAGAGGAUAACACUGGAAAGGAAAGAGCUAAAAGAGAUGAAAUCUAUUUUAGAAACCCAGUUUCAGAAUGAUAGAAAAGAGCUUAAAAGGAUUGAGAAGGAGCUUGACCAGAAAAUCAACUUUUUUGAAACUACACACAACAAACUUAGAGAAAAUAAAUAUGCUCUUAAAAUACAAAUACAAACUCUGGAGAAAACUAGGGAAGAUGUAGAAUGUGAAAGAGGUAAAAUGGCAAAAGUGAUUCAAGAACAAAGCGAUAUCCUUGAAAAUGAAAGGCAAAUGCUUAACAAAGCAAUAGAAGAGAUACAACAACAAAGGGUAGAAAUCAAACAGGAGAGGGAGGAAAUAGACAUGAGAAGAGUACAGAUGGAGGAAAUUCAGAAAGAGAUAGAAACAAACAGAAAAGAAAGGCAUGAUGUUCUCGAAAAUAGGAUUACAGAGUUUAAUCAAAGGAUGGAGUUGUUUGAAAUUGAGAGCUACAAACUGAGAGAAACUCAAAAUGAACUUCAACUAGAAAGACAAACUCUUCAGAAAUCUAGGGAAGACAUGGAAAAGGAAAGAGGUAAAAUGUCAGAUGAGUUUCAGAAACAGAGAGAUAUCCUCACAAAUGAUUGGCAACAAUUGGUCGAGGCUAAAGAAGAGAUAAAAAGGGAAAGAAAGGAACUGGAUCAAGAAAGGAAAGAAAUUGGCCUGAGACAAGUUGAAAUGGAGCAGCUUCAAAUGGAGGUAGUCAAAAUCAAACAUAAAGCCCAAUUUGGUCUCGAAGACACAUUUAGAGAAGCCUCUAUUGAGACUGUACAACUUGCCAAACCAAAGGAAGAACUCGACACAAAAAUGGGUGAAAUUAAGGUUGAAAUGGACACCCUUCAGAAACUUAAAGAUGAGUUGAAAAGGGAAAGAGAAGAACAUGAUAGAAAUAUGGAGCAGACAAAGAUUGAGAUUGACCAUCUUGAGACAGUCAAAUCCGAUAUUCAAAGACAGAAGGAAGAGCUUGAAAAGGCAAUGUUUGACACAAAGGUUGAAAAGGAAGAACUGGAGACGCUAAAAUCUGACAUCUUGAAACAGAAGGAGGACACUGAGGCAAAACUAGUGACGCUGCAGCAAGAGAUGGAGGAAAUGGGAGCCUUGAGGGAAGACAUGAAGAAGCAGAAGGAUGAACUGGACGACAAGAUGCAGAAGAUGAAACGAGAGAUGGGAGAGAUGGAACUCACAAAAUCUGAGCUAGAGGCCAAAAGAAGAGAGCUGGAGCACACCAUCAGAAGAAACACCAGGAAACUAAAUGACAUGGAAAAAUCAAAGACUGACAUACAACAAGCUAAAGAGGAGGUGGAUAAUGCAAUGAGGAAAAUCACCCUUGAGAAGGAAGAAUUAAAUGAAAUGAAAGUGGUUUUGCAAAGCCAGUUUGAGGAUGAUAAAAAUGAGCUUCAAAGGAUGGAAAGGGAGCUUCAUCAAAGGAUGGAGUUGUUUGAAAUUGAGAGCAACAAACUGAGAGAAGACACAAUUAGAGAAGCCUCUAUUGAGACUGUACAACUUGCCAAAGCAAAGGAAGAACUCAACACAAAAAUGGGUGAAAUUAAGGUUGAAAUGGACAGCCUUCAGAAGCUUAAGGAUGAGUUGCAAAGGGAAAGAGAAGAACUUGAUAGAAAUAUGGAGCAGACAAAGAUUGAGAUUGACCAUCUUCAGACAGUCAAAUCCGAUAUUCAAAGACAGAAGGAAGAGCUUGAAAAGGCAAUGUUUGACACAAAGGUUGAAAAGGAAGAACUGGAGAGGCUAAAAUCUGACAUCUUGAAACAGAAGGAGGACACUGACGCAAAACUAGUGACGCUGCAGCAAGAGAUGGAGGAAAUGGGAGCCUUGAGGGAAGACAUGAAGAAGCAGAAGAAUGAACUGGAUGACAGGAUGCAGAAGAUGAAACGAGAGAUGGAAGAGAUGGAACUCACAAAAUCUGAGCUAGAGGCCAAAAGAAGAGAGCUGGAGCACACCAUCAGAAGAAACACCAGGAAACUAAAUGACAUGGAAAAAUCAAAGACUGACAUACAACAAGCUAAAGAGGAGGUGGAUAAUGCAAUGAGGAAAAUCACCCUUGAGAAGGAAGAAUUAAAUGAAAUGAAAUUGGUUUUGCAAAGCCAAUUUGAGGAUGAUAAAAAUGAGCUUCAAAGGAUGGAAAGGGAGCUUCAUCAAAGGAUGGAGUUGUUUGAAAUUGAGAACAACAAACUGAGAGAAACUCAAAAUCAACUUCAACUCCAAAGACAAACUCUUCAGACAUCUAGAGAAGACAUGGAAAAGGAAAGAGGUAAAAUGUCAGAUGAGUUUCAGGAACAGAGAGAUAUCCUCACAAACGAGUGGCAAAAAUUGGUCGAGGCUAAAGAAGAGAUGAAAAGGGAAAGAAUGGAACUGGAUCAAGAAAGGAAAGAAAUUGGCCUAAGACAAGUUGAAAUGGAGCAGCUUCAAAUGGAGGUAGUCAAAAUGAAAAAUGAAGCCCAAGUUGGUCUCGAAGACACAAUUAGAGAAGCCUCUAUUGAGACUGUGCAACUUGCCAAAGCAAAGGAAGAACUCGACACAAAAAUGGGUGAAAUUAAGGUUGAAAUGGACACCCUUCAGAAACUUAAAGAUGAGUUGAAAAGGGAAAGAGAAGAACAUGAUAGAAAUAUGGAGCAGACAAAGAUUGAGAUUGACCAUCUUGAGACAGUCAAAUCCGAUAUUCAAAGACAGAAGGAAGAGCUUGAAAAGGCAAUGUUUGACACAAAGGUUGAAAAGGAAGAACUGGAGACGCUAAAAUCUGACAUCUUGAAACAGAAGGAGGACACUGAGGCAAAACUAGUGACGCUGCAGCAAGAGAUGGAGGAAAUGGGAGCCUUGAGGGAAGACAUGAAGAAGCAGAAGGAUGAACUGGACGACAAGAUGCAGAAGAUGAAACGAGAGAUGGGAGAGAUGGAACUCACAAAAUCUGAGCUAGAGGCCAAAAGAAGAGAGCUGGAGCACACCAUCAGAAGAAACACCAGGAAACUAAAUGACAUGGAAAAAUCAAAGACUGACAUACAACAAGCUAAAGAGGAGGUGGAUAAUGCAAUGAGGAAAAUCACCCUUGAGAAGGAAGAAUUAAAUGAAAUGAAAGUGGUUUUGCAAAGCCAGUUUGAGGAUGAUAAAAAUGAGCUUCAAAGGAUGGAAAGGGAGCUUCAUCAAAGGAUGGAGUUGUUUGAAAUUGAGAGCAACAAACUGAGAGAAGACACAAUUAGAGAAGCCUCUAUUGAGACUGUACAACUUGCCAAAGCAAAGGAAGAACUCAACACAAAAAUGGGUGAAAUUAAGGUUGAAAUGGACACCCUUCAGAAGCUUAAGGAUGAGUUGCAAAGGGAAAGAGAAGAACUUGAUAGAAAUAUGGAGCAGACAAAGAUUGAGAUUGACCAUCUUCAGACAGUCAAAUCCGAUAUUCAAAGACAGAAGGAAGAGCUUGAAAAGGCAAUGUUUGACACAAAGGUUGAAAAGGAAGAACUGGAGAGGCUAAAAUCUGACAUCUUGAAACAGAAGGAGGACACUGACGCAAAACUAGUGACGCUGCAGCAAGAGAUGGAGGAAAUGGGAGCCUUGAGGGAAGACAUGAAGAAGCAGAAGAAUGAACUGGAUGACAGGAUGCAGAAGAUGAAACGAGAGAUGGAAGAGAUGGAACUCACAAAAUCUGAGCUAGAGGCCAAAAGAAGAGAGCUGGAGCACACCAUCAGAAGAAACACCAGGAAACUAAAUGACAUGGAAAAAUCAAAGACUGACAUACAACAAGCUAAAGAGGAGGUGGAUAAUGCAAUGAGGAAAAUCACCCUUGAGAAGGAAGAAUUAAAUGAAAUGAAAUUGGUUUUGCAAAGCCAAUUUGAGGAUGAUAAAAAUGAGCUUCAAAGGAUGGAAAGGGAGCUUCAUCAAAGGAUGGAGUUGUUUGAAAUUGAGAACAACAAACUGAGAGAAACUCAAAAUCAACUUCAACUCCAAAGACAAACUCUUCAGACAUCUAGAGAAGACAUGGAAAAGGAAAGAGGUAAAAUGUCAGAUGAGUUUCAGGAACAGAGAGAUAUCCUCACAAACGAGUGGCAAAAAUUGGUCGAGGCUAAAGAAGAGAUGAAAAGGGAAAGAAUGGAACUGGAUCAAGAAAGGAAAGAAAUUGGCCUAAGACAAGUUGAAAUGGAGCAGCUUCAAAUGGAGGUAGUCAAAAUGAAAAAUGAAGCCCAAGUUGGUCUCGAAGACACAAUUAGAGAAGCCUCUAUUGAGACUGUGCAACUUGCCAAAGCAAAGGAAGAACUCGACACAAAAAUGGGUGAAAUUAAGGUUGAAAUGGACACCCUUCAGAAACUUAAAGAUGAGUUGAAAAGGGAAAGAGAAGAACAUGAUAGAAAUAUGGAGCAGACAAAGAUUGAGAUUGACCAUCUUGAGACAGUCAAAUCCGAUAUUCAAAGACAGAAAGAAGAGCUUGAAAAGGCAAUGUUUGACACAAAGGUUGAAAAGGAAGAACUGGAGACGCUAAAAUCUGACAUCUUGAAACAGAAGGAGGACACUGAGGCAAAACUAGUGACGCUGCAGCAAGAGAUGGAGGAAAUGGGAGCCUUGAGGGAAGACAUGAAGAAGCAGAAGGAUGAACUGGACGACAAGAUGCAGAAGAUGAAACGAGAGAUGGGAGAGAUGGAACUCACAAAAUCUGAGCUAGAGGCCAAAAGAAGAGAGCUGGAGCACACCAUCAGAAGAAACACCAGGAAACUAAAUGACAUGGAAAAAUCAAAGACUGACAUACAACAAGCUAAAGAGGAGGUGGAUAAUGCAAUGAGGAAAAUCACCCUUGAGAAGGAAGAAUUAAAUGAAAUGAAAGUGGUUUUGCAAAGCCAGUUUGAGGAUGAUAAAAAUGAGCUUCAAAGGAUGGAAAGGGAGCUUCAUCAAAGGAUGGAGUUGUUUGAAAUUGAGAGCAACAAACUGAGAGAAGACACAAUUAGAGAAGCCUCUAUUGAGACUGUACAACUUGCCAAAGCAAAGGAAGAACUCAACACAAAAAUGGGUGAAAUUAAGGUUGAAAUGGACACCCUUCAGAAGCUUAAGGAUGAGUUGCAAAGGGAAAGAGAAGAACUUGAUAGAAAUAUGGAGCAGACAAAGAUUGAGAUUGACCAUCUUCAGACAGUCAAAUCCGAUAUUCAAAGACAGAAGGAAGAGCUUGAAAAGGCAAUGUUUGACACAAAGGUUGAAAAGGAAGAACUGGAGAGGCUAAAAUCUGACAUCUUGAAACAGAAGGAGGACACUGACGCAAAACUAGUGACGCUGCAGCAAGAGAUGGAGGAAAUGGGAGCCUUGAGGGAAGACAUGAAGAAGCAGAAGAAUGAACUGGAUGACAGGAUGCAGAAGAUGAAACGAGAGAUGGAAGAGAUGGAACUCACAAAAUCUGAGCUAGAGGCCAAAAGAAGAGAGCUGGAGCACACCAUCAGAAGAAACACCAGGAAACUAAAUGACAUGGAAAAAUCAAAGACUGACAUACAACAAGCUAAAGAGGAGGUGGAUAAUGCAAUGAGGAAAAUCACCCUUGAGAAGGAAGAAUUAAAUGAAAUGAAAUUGGUUUUGCAAAGCCAAUUUGAGGAUGAUAAAAAUGAGCUUCAAAGGAUGGAAAGGGAGCUUCAUCAAAGGAUGGAGUUGUUUGAAAUUGAGAACAACAAACUGAGAGAAACUCAAAAUCAACUUCAACUCCAAAGACAAACUCUUCAGACAUCUAAAGAAGACAUGGAAAAGGAAAGAGGUAAAAUGUCAGAUGAGUUUCAGGAACAGAGAGAUAUCCUCACAAACGAGUGGCAAAAAUUGGUCGAGGCUAAAGAAGAGAUGAAAAGGGAAAGAAUGGAACUGGAUCAAGAAAGGAAAGAAAUUGGCCUAAGACAAGUUGAAAUGGAGCAGCUUCAAAUGGAGGUAGUCAAAAUGAAAAAUGAAGCCCAAGUUGGUCUCGAAGACACAAUUAGAGAAGCCUCUAUUGAGACUGUGCAACUUGCCAAAGCAAAGGAAGAACUCGACACAAAAAUGGGUGAAAUUAAGGUUGAAAUGGACACCCUUCAGAAACUUAAAGAUGAGUUGAAAAGGGAAAGAGAAGAACAUGAUAGAAAUAUGGAGCAGACAAAGAUUGAGAUUGACCAUCUUGAGACAGUCAAAUCCGAUAUUCAAAGACAGAAAGAAGAGCUUGAAAAGGCAAUGUUUGACACAAAGGUUGAAAAGGAAGAACUGGAGACGCUAAAAUCUGACAUCUUGAAACAGAAGGAGGACACUGAGGCAAAACUAGUGACGCUGCAGCAAGAGAUGGAGGAAAUGGGAGCCUUGAGGGAAGACAUGAAGAAGCAGAAGGAUGAACUGGACGACAAGAUGCAGAAGAUGAAACGAGAGAUGGGAGAGAUGGAACUCACAAAAUCUGAGCUAGAGGCCAAAAGAAGAGAGCUGGAGCACACCAUCAGAAGAAACACCAGGAAACUAAAUGACAUGGAAAAAUCAAAGACUGACAUACAACAAGCUAAAGAGGAGGUGGAUAAUGCAAUGAGGAAAAUCACCCUUGAGAAGGAAGAAUUAAAUGAAAUGAAAGUGGUUUUGCAAAGCCAGUUUGAGGAUGAUAAAAAUGAGCUUCAAAGGAUGGAAAGGGAGCUUCAUCAAAGGAUGGAGUUGUUUGAAAUUGAGAGCAACAAACUGAGAGAAGACACAAUUAGAGAAGCCUCUAUUGAGACUGUACAACUUGCCAAAGCAAAGGAAGAACUCAACACAAAAAUGGGUGAAAUUAAGGUUGAAAUGGACACCCUUCAGAAGCUUAAGGAUGAGUUGCAAAGGGAAAGAGAAGAACUUGAUAGAAAUAUGGAGCAGACAAAGAUUGAGAUUGACCAUCUUCAGACAGUCAAAUCCGAUAUUCAAAGACAGAAGGAAGAGCUUGAAAAGGCAAUGUUUGACACAAAGGUUGAAAAGGAAGAACUGGAGAGGCUAAAAUCUGACAUCUUGAAACAGAAGGAGGACACUGACGCAAAACUAGUGACGCUGCAGCAAGAGAUGGAGGAAAUGGGAGCCUUGAGGGAAGACAUGAAGAAGCAGAAGAAUGAACUGGAUGACAGGAUGCAGAAGAUGAAACGAGAGAUGGAAGAGAUGGAACUCACAAAAUCUGAGCUAGAGGCCAAAAGAAGAGAGCUGGAGCACACCAUCAGAAGAAACACCAGGAAACUAAAUGACAUGGAAAAAUCAAAGACUGACAUACAACAAGCUAAAGAGGAGGUGGAUAAUGCAAUGAGGAAAAUCACCCUUGAGAAGGAAGAAUUAAAUGAAAUGAAAUUGGUUUUGCAAAGCCAAUUUGAGGAUGAUAAAAAUGAGCUUCAAAGGAUGGAAAGGGAGCUUCAUCAAAGGAUGGAGUUGUUUGAAAUUGAGAACAACAAACUGAGAGAAACUCAAAAUCAACUUCAACUCCAAAGACAAACUCUUCAGACAUCUAGAGAAGACAUGGAAAAGGAAAGAGGUAAAAUGUCAGAUGAGUUUCAGGAACAGAGAGAUAUCCUCACAAACGAGUGGCAAAAAUUGGUCGAGGCUAAAGAAGAGAUGAAAAGGGAAAGAAUGGAACUGGAUCAAGAAAGGAAAGAAAUUGGCCUAAGACAAGUUGAAAUGGAGCAGCUUCAAAUGGAGGUAGUCAAAAUGAAAAAUGAAGCCCAAGUUGGUCUCGAAGACACAAUUAGAGAAGCCUCUAUUGAGACUGUGCAACUUGCCAAAGCAAAGGAAGAACUCGACACAAAAAUGGGUGAAAUUAAGGUUGAAAUGGACACCCUUCAGAAACUUAAAGAUGAGUUGAAAAGGGAAAGAGAAGAACAUGAUAGAAAUAUGGAGCAGACAAAGAUUGAGAUUGACCAUCUUGAGACAGUCAAAUCCGAUAUUCAAAGACAGAAAGAAGAGCUUGAAAAGGCAAUGUUUGACACAAAGGUUGAAAAGGAAGAACUGGAGACGCUAAAAUCUGACAUCUUGAAACAGAAGGAGGACACUGAGGCAAAACUAGUGACGCUGCAGCAAGAGAUGGAGGAAAUGGGAGCCUUGAGGGAAGACAUGAAGAAGCAGAAGGAUGAACUGGACGACAAGAUGCAGAAGAUGAAACGAGAGAUGGGAGAGAUGGAACUCACAAAAUCUGAGCUAGAGGCCAAAAGAAGAGAGCUGGAGCACACCAUCAGAAGAAACACCAGGAAACUAAAUGACAUGGAAAAAUCAAAGACUGACAUACAACAAGCUAAAGAGGAGGUGGAUAAUGCAAUGAGGAAAAUCACCCUUGAGAAGGAAGAAUUAAAUGAAAUGAAAGUGGUUUUGCAAAGCCAGUUUGAGGAUGAUAAAAAUGAGCUUCAAAGGAUGGAAAGGGAGCUUCAUCAAAGGAUGGAGUUGUUUGAAAUUGAGAGCAACAAACUGAGAGAAGACACAAUUAGAGAAGCCUCUAUUGAGACUGUACAACUUGCCAAAGCAAAGGAAGAACUCAACACAAAAAUGGGUGAAAUUAAGGUUGAAAUGGACACCCUUCAGAAGCUUAAGGAUGAGUUGCAAAGGGAAAGAGAAGAACUUGAUAGAAAUAUUGAGCAGACAAAGAUUGAGAUUGACCAUCUUCAGACAGUCAAAUCCGAUAUUCAAAGACAGAAGGAAGAGCUUGAAAAGGCAAUGUUUGACACAAAGGUUGAAAAGGAAGAACUGGAGAGGCUAAAAUCUGACAUCUUGAAACAGAAGGAGGACACUGACGCAAAACUAGUGACGCUGCAGCAAGAGAUGGAGGAAAUGGGAGCCUUGAGGGAAGACAUGAAGAAGCAGAAGAAUGAACUGGAUGACAGGAUGCAGAAGAUGAAACGAGAGAUGGAAGAGAUGGAACUCACAAAAUCUGAGCUAGAGGCCAAAAGAAGAGAGCUGGAGCACACCAUCAGAAGAAACACCAGGAAACUAAAUGACAUGGAAAAAUCAAAGACUGACAUACAACAAGCUAAAGAGGAGGUGGAUAAUGCAAUGAGGAAAAUCACCCUUGAGAAGGAAGAAUUAAAUGAAAUGAAAUUGGUUUUGCAAAGCCAAUUUGAGGAUGAUAAAAAUGAGCUUCAAAGGAUGGAAAGGGAGCUUCAUCAAAGGAUGGAGUUGUUUGAAAUUGAGAACAACAAACUGAGAGAAACUCAAAAUCAACUUCAACUCCAAAGACAAACUCUUCAGACAUCUAGAGAAGACAUGGAAAAGGAAAGAGGUAAAAUGUCAGAUGAGUUUCAGGAACAGAGAGAUAUCCUCACAAACGAGUGGCAAAAAUUGGUCGAGGCUAAAGAAGAGAUGAAAAGGGAAAGAAUGGAACUGGAUCAAGAAAGGAAAGAAAUUGGCCUAAGACAAGUUGAAAUGGAGCAGCUUCAAAUGGAGGUAGUCAAAAUGAAAAAUGAAGCCCAAGUUGGUCUCGAAGACACAAUUAGAGAAGCCUCUAUUGAGACUGUGCAACUUGCCAAAGCAAAGGAAGAACUCGACACAAAAAUGGGUGAAAUUAAGGUUGAAAUGGACACCCUUCAGAAACUUAAAGAUGAGUUGAAAAGGGAAAGAGAAGAACAUGAUAGAAAUAUGGAGCAGACAAAGAUUGAGAUUGACCAUCUUGAGACAGUCAAAUCCGAUAUUCAAAGACAGAAAGAAGAGCUUGAAAAGGCAAUGUUUGACACAAAGGUUGAAAAGGAAGAACUGGAGACGCUAAAAUCUGACAUCUUGAAACAGAAGGAGGACACUGAGGCAAAACUAGUGACGCUGCAGCAAGAGAUGGAGGAAAUGGGAGCCUUGAGGGAAGACAUGAAGAAGCAGAAGGAUGAACUGGACGACAAGAUGCAGAAGAUGAAACGAGAGAUGGGAGAGAUGGAACUCACAAAAUCUGAGCUAGAGGCCAAAAGAAGAGAGCUGGAGCACACCAUCAGAAGAAACACCAGGAAACUAAAUGACAUGGAAAAAUCAAAGACUGACAUACAACAAGCUAAAGAGGAGGUGGAUAAUGCAAUGAGGAAAAUCACCCUUGAGAAGGAAGAAUUAAAUGAAAUGAAAGUGGUUUUGCAAAGCCAGUUUGAGGAUGAUAAAAAUGAGCUUCAAAGGAUGGAAAGGGAGCUUCAUCAAAGGAUGGAGUUGUUUGAAAUUGAGAGCAACAAACUGAGAGAAGACACAAUUAGAGAAGCCUCUAUUGAGACUGUACAACUUGCCAAAGCAAAGGAAGAACUCAACACAAAAAUGGGUGAAAUUAAGGUUGAAAUGGACACCCUUCAGAAGCUUAAGGAUGAGUUGCAAAGGGAAAGAGAAGAACUUGAUAGAAAUAUUGAGCAGACAAAGAUUGAGAUUGACCAUCUUCAGACAGUCAAAUCCGAUAUUCAAAGACAGAAGGAAGAGCUUGAAAAGGCAAUGUUUGACACAAAGGUUGAAAAGGAAGAACUGGAGAGGCUAAAAUCUGACAUCUUGAAACAGAAGGAGGACACUGACGCAAAACUAGUGACGCUGCAGCAAGAGAUGGAGGAAAUGGGAGCCUUGAGGGAAGACAUGAAGAAGCAGAAGAAUGAACUGGAUGACAGGAUGCAGAAGAUGAAACGAGAGAUGGAAGAGAUGGAACUCACAAAAUCUGAGCUAGAGGCCAAAAGAAGAGAGCUGGAGCACACCAUCAGAAGAAACACCAGGAAACUAAAUGACAUGGAAAAAUCAAAGACUGACAUACAACAAGCUAAAGAGGAGGUGGAUAAUGCAAUGAGGAAAAUCACCCUUGAGAAGGAAGAAUUAAAUGAAAUGAAAUUGGUUUUGCAAAGCCAAUUUGAGGAUGAUAAAAAUGAGCUUCAAAGGAUGGAAAGGGAGCUUCAUCAAAGGAUGGAGUUGUUUGAAAUUGAGAACAACAAACUGAGAGAAACUCAAAAUCAACUUCAACUCCAAAGACAAACUCUUCAGACAUCUAGAGAAGACAUGGAAAAGGAAAGAGGUAAAAUGUCAGAUGAGUUUCAGGAACAGAGAGAUAUCCUCACAAACGAGUGGCAAAAAUUGGUCGAGGCUAAAGAAGAGAUGAAAAGGGAAAGAAUGGAACUGGAUCAAGAAAGGAAAGAAAUUGGCCUAAGACAAGUUGAAAUGGAGCAGCUUCAAAUGGAGGUAGUCAAAAUGAAAAAUGAAGCCCAAGUUGGUCUCGAAGACACAAUUAGAGAAGCCUCUAUUGAGACUGUGCAACUUGCCAAAGCAAAGGAAGAACUCGACACAAAAAUGGGUGAAAUUAAGGUUGAAAUGGACACCCUUCAGAAACUUAAAGAUGAGUUGAAAAGGGAAAGAGAAGAACAUGAUAGAAAUAUGGAGCAGACAAAGAUUGAGAUUGACCAUCUUGAGACAGUCAAAUCCGAUAUUCAAAGACAGAAAGAAGAGCUUGAAAAGGCAAUGUUUGACACAAAGGUUGAAAAGGAAGAACUGGAGACGCUAAAAUCUGACAUCUUGAAACAGAAGGAGGACACUGAGGCAAAACUAGUGACGCUGCAGCAAGAGAUGGAGGAAAUGGGAGCCUUGAGGGAAGACAUGAAGAAGCAGAAGGAUGAACUGGACGACAAGAUGCAGAAGAUGAAACGAGAGAUGGGAGAGAUGGAACUCACAAAAUCUGAGCUAGAGGCCAAAAGAAGAGAGCUGGAGCACACCAUCAGAAGAAACACCAGGAAACUAAAUGACAUGGAAAAAUCAAAGACUGACAUACAACAAGCUAAAGAGGAGGUGGAUAAUGCAAUGAGGAAAAUCACCCUUGAGAAGGAAGAAUUAAAUGAAAUGAAAGUGGUUUUGCAAAGCCAGUUUGAGGAUGAUAAAAAUGAGCUUCAAAGGAUGGAAAGGGAGCUUCAUCAAAGGAUGGAGUUGUUUGAAAUUGAGAGCAACAAACUGAGAGAAGACACAAUUAGAGAAGCCUCUAUUGAGACUGUACAACUUGCCAAAGCAAAGGAAGAACUCAACACAAAAAUGGGUGAAAUUAAGGUUGAAAUGGACACCCUUCAGAAGCUUAAGGAUGAGUUGCAAAGGGAAAGAGAAGAACUUGAUAGAAAUAUGGAGCAGACAAAGAUUGAGAUUGACCAUCUUCAGACAGUCAAAUCCGAUAUUCAAAGACAGAAGGAAGAGCUUGAAAAGGCAAUGUUUGACACAAAGGUUGAAAAGGAAGAACUGGAGAGGCUAAAAUCUGACAUCUUGAAACAGAAGGAGGACACUGACGCAAAACUAGUGACGCUGCAGCAAGAGAUGGAGGAAAUGGGAGCCUUGAGGGAAGACAUGAAGAAGCAGAAGAAUGAACUGGAUGACAGGAUGCAGAAGAUGAAACGAGAGAUGGAAGAGAUGGAACUCACAAAAUCUGAGCUAGAGGCCAAAAGAAGAGAGCUGGAGCACACCAUCAGAAGAAACACCAGGAAACUAAAUGACAUGGAAAAAUCAAAGACUGACUUACAACAAGCUAAAAAGGAGGUGGAUAAUGCAAUGAAUAGAAUUGCUCUUGAGAGGGAAGAACUAAAUGAGAUGAAAACGAUUUUACAAGGCCAGUUUGAUAAUGAUAGAAAAGAGCUUCAAAACUUGAAAAGGGAGUUUCAGCAAAGGAUUGAGUUGUUUGAAAUUGAGAGCAACAAACUGAGAGAAACUCAAUAUGCACUUCUAAUCCAAAGCCAAACUCUUAAGACAGCUAGAGAGGGCAUGGAAAAAGAAAGAGGUAAAAUGAUAGAACAUUUUCAGGAACAGAGAGGUAUAAUUGAAAAAGAGUGGCAAAUGUUGGAUAAAAGCAAAGAAAACAUACAGAAACAAAGAGAAGAUAUGGACUUGAGACAAAUGGAAAUGGUCCAACUACAGGCAGAAAUAGAAAAGAUUAAAAAAGAAGCCCAAGAUGCUCUCGAAGACCAAAUUAGAAACGCUUCUAUUGAGAAAAUACAACUUACCAAAGCGCAGGAAGAACUCAACACAAAAAUGGAAGAAAUGCAGAGAGAAAUGGACAGACUUCAGAAACUGAGGGAUGAGUUUAAAAAAGAAAGACAAGAACUUGACAGAAAAAAAGAGCACACAAAGAUGGAGAUGAAAGAUCUGAAGACAGUCAAAUUAGAUGUUCAAAGACAGAAGGAGGAACUUGAAAAGGCAAUGUUUAAAAUGAAAGCUGAGAAGGAAGAACUGGAGAGGUUAAAAUCUAACAUACAGAAACAAAAGGAGGAAACUGAGGCGAAGCAAGAGAUGGAGGAAAUGGUAACCUUGAGGGAUGACAUGCAGAAGCAGAAGGAUGAACUGGAUGACAACAUGCAGAAGAUGAAACGAGAGAUGGGAGAGAUGGAACUCACAAAAUCUGAGCUGGAGGCCAAAAGAAGAGAGCUGGAGCACACCAUCAGAAGAAACACCAGGAAACUAAAUGACAUGGAAAAAUCAAAGACUGACAUACAACAAGCUAAAGAUGAAUUAAAUAAAGCAAUGAAUAGAAUUGCUCUUGAGAGGGAGGAGCUGAAUGAGAUGAGAGCCAUGUUACAAGGCCAGUUUGACAAUGAUAGAAAAGAGCUACUAAACUUAGAAAGUGAGCUUUACAUGCGGAUCAGCUUAUUGGAAAUUCAGAGCAACAAGGUGACAGAAACUGAAAGUUCACUUAAUUUCCAAACACAAAGUCUUGAGACAGCUAGACAAGACAUUGAGAAAGAAAGACAUAAAAUGAGAGGUGAGCUUCAGGAACAAAGAACUAAAGUUGAAACAGAGUGGCAAAUGCUGGAGAAAACCAAAGAAGAUAUGAAAAGAGAAAGAAAGGAAAUGGAAAAAGAAAGGGAAGAUAUAGACAAUAGACGAAUGCAGAUGGAGCAUCUUCAGGCAGAGGUAGACAAGAUGAAAAAAGAUGGCCAAGAUGUUCGCGAAGGCAGAAUUAGUGAAGCCCUGGUUGACACAGAGCAACUUGCCAAAGCACAAGAAGAACUCAACACAAAAAUGGAAGACAUGAAGAGAGAAAUGGAUGCCCUCAAGAAGCUGAGGGAUGAAUUGAAAAGGAAAAGAGGAGAAAUGGACAGAAAAAUGGAGAAGACAAUAAUGGAGAUUGAUCAUCUUGAGACAGUCAAAUUUGAUGUUCAAAGACGGAAGGAGGAGCUUGAAAAGGCAAUGUUUGAAAUGAAAGCUGAGAAGGAAGAACUGGAGACGCUAAAAUCUGACAUCUUGAAACAGAAGGAGGACACUGAGGCAAAACUAGUGACGCUGCAGCAAGAGAUGGAGGAAAUGGGAGCCUUGAGGGAAGACAUGAAGAAGCAGAAGGAUGAACUGGACGACAAGAUGCAGAAGAUGAAACGAGAGAUGGGAGAGAUGGAACUCACAAAAUCUGAGCUAGAGGCCAAAAGAAGAGAGCUGGAGCACACCAUCAGAAGAAACACCAGGAAACUAAAUGACAUGGAAAAAUCAAACACUGACAUACAACAAGCUAAAGAUGAAUUAAAUAAAGCAAUGAAUAGAAUUGCUCUUGAGAGGGAGGAGCUGAAUGAGAUGAGAGCCAUGUUACAAGGCCAGUUUGACAAUGAUAGAAAAGAGCUACUAAACUUAGAAAGUGAGCUUUACAUGCGGAUCAGCUUAUUGGAAAUUCAGAGCAACAAGGUGACAGAAACUGAAAGUUCACUUAACUUCCAAACACAAAGUCUUGAGACAGCUAGACAAGACAUUGAGAAAGAAAGACAUAAAAUGAGAGGUGAGCUUCAGGAACAAAGAACUAAAGUUGAAACAGAGUGGCAAAUGCUGGAGAAAACCAAAGAAGAUAUGAAAAGAGAAAGAAAGGAAAUGGAAAAAGAAAGGGAAGAUAUAGACAAUAGACGAAUGCAGAUGGAGCAUCUUCAGUCAGAGGUAGACAAGAUGAAAAAAGAUGGCCAAGAUGUUCUCGAAGGCAGAAUUAGUGAAGCCCUGGUUGACACAGAGCAACUUGCCAAAGCACAAGAAGAACUCAACACAAAAAUGGAAGAAAUGCAGAGAGAAAUGGACACACUACAGAAGUUGAGGGAUGAAUUGAAAAGGGAAAGAGAAGAAAUUGACAGAAAAAUGGAGAAGACAACAAUGGAGAUUGAUCAUCUUGAGACAGUCAAAUUUGAUGUUCAAAGACAGAAAGAGGAGCUUGAAAAGGAAAUGUUUGAAAUGAAAGCUGAGAAGGAAGAACUGGAGAAAUUAAAAUCUAACAUACAGAAACAAAAGGAGGAAACUGAGGUGAAGCUGGUGAUGCUGAAGCAAGAGAUGGAGGAAAUGGUAACCUUGAGGGAAGACAUGAAGAAGCAGAAGGAUGAACUGGACGACAAGAUGCAGAAGAUGAAACGAGAGAUGGGAGAGAUGGAACUCACAAAAUCUGAGCUAGAGGCCAAAAGAAGAGAGCUGGAGCACACCAUCAGAAGAAACACCAGGAAACUAAAUGACAUGGAAAAAUCAAAGACUGAAUAUCUAGAAAAAGAAAAAGAGCUGUUGAAAAGAGAAAGAGAUGAACUUUUGCAAGCACAAUUACUUGUACAGAGACAGGUGGAUACUGGUGUUCAAACAGAGGAGAAGGAAAUGGACCAGGAGGCUACACCAGCACCAGAACAAGUGUUCAGGAAGCAAGGCAUUGAGAGAGAGAUGCUGGAACUGGAAAGGGAGAUACAACAUCAGAAAGAGGUUCUAGAACAGGAUAAGAAGGCUCUGGAAAAUGAGAGAGAUGGUCUAAGACAUGAUAAAGAUAUGUUGGAAUACGAGAGGGCUACUCUAGAAAAGGAAUGGGAAGAUUUACAUCAAAUUCCUAACGAAGUAAGGAAUUUCAGAGAGGAGAUACAACAAAAAGAGGAAGCACUGAAGGUCAAAUUGGACAACUUGUCUCUCCAAGAGGAAGACAUAAACAAACAGAGGAAAGUUAUGGAAAUGGAAAAGUAUGACAUUCAACAGGAAAGAUAUCAGCUGUCACAACAAAAGAUUAAAAUUGACCAACAACAGAAAGAAAUUGAAGACAUAGUGAAAAAUAACAUUAAAUGCAGCAAUGACCUGAAAUUAUUGAAGUUGGAAUUUGAGCAAGAAAAGGAGAAACAUGAGUGUGACCUAGCCACAGAAAAAAUGUAUAUUCAAGAAAAAAAGUUUGCGCUUGAAAAAGAAAGACUAGACAUAACAGAGAGACUCAUUCAAAUUCAGUGUGAGAAAGACUCUCUAGAUCAGUUGCAUGCAGACAUAGAGAAACAUAAAGAAGAUAUCAAAAGGGAGAGCAAACACCUGGAAAUGGAAAUGCAGUACUUUGAGCACUACAAGACAGAACUUAUGAAGCAAUCCGAGGAGAUGGAUGACGUAAAGCAAACUGUGAUGGUGGAGCAGAGACAUCUUGAGAGCAAAAUGGCUGAAUUAAACUACCAAAAGCUGCAGGUGGAUGACAUGAUGAGAAGAAAUAAAUUGGAGUUGGAUAACUUAGAAAAACUUAGGAUUGAAAUAGAAAUACAAACACAGCACUUGGAGAACACCAUGGAAAAUAUAAGGAUAGCACAGGAGCAGUUGGAAAACAAUAGAAAAAUACUGGAAAAAGAAAAACAAGACAUUGAAAAAAGCAACAAACUCACAUCAAAAGAAAAGAUGGAGGUGGAAAAGAUGAAGGAAGAUCUACAUAGAGAAUGGAAUGAACUUAAAAGAGAGAGACUCAAUGCAGAGGAACAGGAAAACAUCAGAAUAAAAGAAAUACAAGAUGAAAAAAUUGCUAUAGAAUCAUUAUUUGUUGACAUAGAAAAUAAGAAAAAGGAACUAUACAUAGAAAGACAACACAUCAACACCAGACAACUUCAACUGGACGUUCUCAAAAAAGAGCUUCACAAACAGAGAGACAACAUGGAAGAGCAGCAGAGUGACCUGAUAGAAAGGAAAGCUGAGAUCGACCAGCAACAAAUAGAGCUGAAUUAUAUGAUGGAUAUCCACAACAAAGAAAAGAUGGAACUUGACCGAAUCAGGGCUGACAUAAAAAAAGAGAGGGAAGCAGUUGAGAUUAUCGUGAAAGAAAAGUUAAGUGCGGAAAGAGAAGAACUUGAGAAACUGAAAAAUAGACUGCAUGAAGACAGGCAGGCAAUUGAAAAAAACAAACAUGCCAUGAUGAAAGACAAGGAUGAGUUGGAAAACUUGAAAAAUGAUCUUCAGAAACAAUGGAACGAGCUGCGUCCUUACAAGGAAAACAUUGAAAGUGAAAAGGAUGAACUUCAAAAGAAGAUGUCUGAGGUGGACGAAAAGUCAAAUAACAUUGAGAAUAUGAUGCAGGACAUGAUGCAGGAGAAAGAGAGAAUGGGCGAACAAGCACAAGCUCUACAAAAAGAAAAGGAUGUCCUUCAGAUUGUUGCUGAAGAAACAGAAAGAAUGAAGGUUGAAUUAGAAAAGUGUGGUAUUGAUAUUGAGAAACAAAAACAAGAAUUAGCAGAAAACAAACUCAUUCUUGAGGCAGAAACUCGAGAUUUGGAAAUGAAAAAGUCAGAAAUUGAUAUAGAAAUGAACAUGUUACAAAAUGAAAAAGUGACACAGAGGCAAGAGUAUGAAAACCUACUGAAAGAAAUACAGGAAGAGAAGGACACUCUGAAACAACUUCAAGAAGAAACGGAAUCGAAGAAAAAUGUCCUGCAGAACCAGGAGACGGACCUGACAUCUAGGAAGGAGCAGCUAGACUUUCUCCAGUCAAACCUCCAAACACAGAGAGACAACAUGGAAGAGAUGAUGAAGGCCAUUAACGAGCAGCAGAGUAACCUAACAGAAAGGAAAGCUGAAAUAGACCAGCAACAAAUAGAGCUGAAUAAUAUGAUGGAUAUCCAUAACAAGGAAAAGAUUGAACUUGACCGAAUCAGGGCUGACAUAGAAGAAAAGACAGAAGCAAUUGAGAUUACCGUUAAAGAAAAACUAGGUGCAGAAAGAGAAGAACUUGAGAAACUGCAAAAUAGACUGCAUGAAGAAAGACAGGAAAUUGAAAACAACAAACAUGCCAUGAUGGAAGACAAGGAUGAGUUGGAAAAGUUGAAAAAUGAUCUUCAGAAACAAUGGGACGACCUGCGUCCUUACAAGGAAAACAUUCAAAUUGAAAAGGAUGAACUUCAAAAGAAGAUGGCUGAGGUGGACGAAAAGUCAAAUAACAUUGAUAAUAUGAUGCAGGAGAUGAUGCAGGAGAAAGAGAGAAUGGAUGAACAAGCACAGGCUCUACAACAAGAAAAGGACGUCUUCCAGAGUGUUGCUGAAGAAACAGAAAGAAUGAAGGUUGAAUUUGAAAAGUGUAGUAUUGAAAUUCAGAAACAAAAACUAGAAUUAGCAGAAAGCAAACUCAUUCUUGAGGCAGAAACUCGUGAUUUGGAGAUGAAAAGGUCAGAAAUGGAUAUAGAAAUGAACAUGUUACAAAAUGAAAAAGUGAAACAGAGGCAAGAGUAUGAAAACCUACUGAAAGAAAUACAGGAAGAGAAGGACACUCUGAAACAACUUCAAGAAGAAACGGAAUCGAAGAAGAAUGUCCUGCAGAACCAGGAGUCGGACCUGACAUCCAGGAAGGACCAACUAGACUUUCUCCAGUCACACCUCCAAACACAGAGAGACAACAUGGAAGAGAUGAUGAAGGCCAUUAACGAGCAGCAGAGUGACCUAACAGAAAGGAAAGCUGAGAUCGACCAGCAACAAAUAGAGCUGAAUAAUAUGAUGGAUAUCCACAACAAGGAAAAGAUUGAACUUGACCGAAUCAGGGCUGACAUAGAAGAAAAGACAGAAGCAAUUGAGAUUACCGUCAAAGAAAAAUUAGGUGCAAAAAGAGAAGAACUUGAGAAACUGCAAAAUAGACUGCAUGAAGAAAGACAGGAAAUUGAAAACACCAAACAUGCCGUGAUGAAAGACAAGGAUGAGUUGGAAAAGUUGAAAAACGAUCUUCAGAAACAAUGGGACGAGCUGCGUCCUUACAAGGAAAACAUUCAAAUUGAAAAGGAUGAACUUCAAAAGAAGAUGGCUGAGGUGGACGAAAAGUCAAAUAACAUUGAGAAUAUGAUGCAGGAGAUGAUGCAGGAGAAAGAGAGAAUGGAAGAACAAGCACAGGCUCUACAACAAGAAAAGGACGUCUUCCAGAGUGUUGCUGAAGAAACAGAAAGAAUGAAGGUUGAAUUUGAAAAGUGUAGUAUUGAAAUUCAGAAACAAAAACUAGAAUUAGCAGAAAGCAAACUCAUUCUUGAGGCAGAAACUCGUGAUUUGGAGAUGAAAAAGUCAGAUAUGGAUGUAGAAAUGAACAUGUUACAAAAUGAAAAAGUGAAACAGAGGCAAGAGUAUGAAAACCUACUGAAAGAAAUACAGGAAGAGAAGGACAAUCUGAAACAACUUCAAGAAGAAACGGAAUCGAAGAAGAAUGUCCUGCAGAACCAGGAGUCGGACCUGACAUCCAGGAAGGACCAACUAGACUUUCUCCAGUCAGACCUCCAAACACAGAGAGACAACAUGGAAGAGAUGAUGAAGGCCAUUAACGAGCAGCAGAGUAACCUAACAGAAAGGAAAGCUGAGAUCGACCAGCAACAAAUAGAGCUGAAUAAUAUGAUGGAUAUCCACAACAAGGAAAAGAUUGAACUUGACCGAAUCAGGGCUGACAUAGAAGAAAAGACAGAAGCAAUUGAGAUUACCGUUAAAGAAAAACUAGGUGCAGAAAGAGAAGAACUUGAGAAACUGCAAAAUAGACUGCAUGAAGAAAGACAGGAAAUUGAAAACAACAAACAUGCCAUGAUGGAAGACAAGGAUGAGUUGGAAAAGUUGAAAAAUGAUCUUCAGAAACAAUGGGACGACCUGCGUCCUUACAAGGAAAACAUUCAAAUUGAAAAGGAUGAACUUCAAAAGAAGAUGGCUGAGGUGGACGAAAAGUCAAAUAACAUUGAUAAUAUGAUGCAGGAGAUGAUGCAGGAGAAAGAGAGAAUGGAUGAACAAGCACAGGCUCUACAACAAGAAAAGGACGUCUUCCAGAGUGUUGCUGAAGAAACAGAAAGAAUGAAGGUUGAAUUUGAAAAGUGUAGUAUUGAAAUUCAGAAACAAAAACUAGAAUUAGCAGAAAGCAAACUCAUUCUUGAGGCAGAAACUCGUGAUUUGGAGAUGAAAAGGUCAGAAAUGGAUAUAGAAAUGAACAUGUUACAAAAUGAAAAAGUGAAACAGAGGCAAGAGUAUGAAAACCUACUGAAAGAAAUACAGGAAGAGAAGGACACUCUGAAACAACUUCAAGAAGAAACGGAAUCGAAGAAGAAUGUCCUGCAGAACCAGGAGUCGGACCUGACAUCCAGGAAGGACCAACUAGACUUUCUCCAGUCACACCUCCAAACACAGAGAGACAACAUGGAAGAGAUGAUGAAGGCCAUUAACGAGCAGCAGAGUGACCUAACAGAAAGGAAAGCUGAGAUCGACCAGCAACAAAUAGAGCUGAAUAAUAUGAUGGAUAUCCACAACAAGGAAAAGAUUGAACUUGACCGAAUCAGGGCUGACAUAGAAGAAAAGACAGAAGCAAUUGAGAUUACCGUCAAAGAAAAAUUAGGUGCAAAAAGAGAAGAACUUGAGAAACUGCAAAAUAGACUGCAUGAAGAAAGACAGGAAAUUGAAAACACCAAACAUGCCGUGAUGAAAGACAAGGAUGAGUUGGAAAAGUUGAAAAACGAUCUUCAGAAACAAUGGGACGAGCUGCGUCCUUACAAGGAAAACAUUCAAAUUGAAAAGGAUGAACUUCAAAAGAAGAUGGCUGAGGUGGACGAAAAGUCAAAUAACAUUGAGAAUAUGAUGCAGGAGAUGAUGCAGGAGAAAGAGAGAAUGGAAGAACAAGCACAGGCUCUACAACAAGAAAAGGACGUCUUCCAGAGUGUUGCUGAAGAAACAGAAAGAAUGAAGGUUGAAUUUGAAAAGUGUAGUAUUGAAAUUCAGAAACAAAAACUAGAAUUAGCAGAAAGCAAACUCAUUCUUGAGGCAGAAACUCGUGAUUUGGAGAUGAAAAAGUCAGAUAUGGAUGUAGAAAUGAACAUGUUACAAAAUGAAAAAGUGAAACAGAGGCAAGAGUAUGAAAACCUACUGAAAGAAAUACAGGAAGAGAAGGACAAUCUGAAACAACUUCAAGAAGAAACGGAAUCGAAGAAGAAUGUCCUGCAGAACCAGGAGUCGGACCUGACAUCCAGGAAGGACCAACUAGACUUUCUCCAGUCAGACCUCCAAACACAGAGAGACAACAUGGAAGAGAUGAUGAAGGCCAUUAACGAGCAGCAGAGUAACCUAACAGAAAGGAAAGCUGAGAUCGACCAGCAACAAAUAGAGCUGAAUAAUAUGAUGGAUAUCCACAACAAGGAAAAGAUUGAACUUGACCGAAUCAGGGCUGACAUAGAAGAAAAGACAGAAGCAAUUGAGAUUACCGUCAAAGAAAAAUUAGGUGCAAAAAGAGAAGAACUUGAGAAACUGCAAAAUAGACUGCAUGAAGAAAGACAGGAAAUUGAAAACACCAAACAUGGCGUGAUGAAAGACAUGGAUGAGUUGGAAAAGUUGAAAAACGAUCUUCAGAAACAAUGGGACGAGCUGCGUCCUUACAAGGAAAACAUUCAAAUUGAAAAGGAUGAACUUCAAAAGAAGAUGGCUGAGGUGGACGAAAAGUCAAAUAACAUUGAGAAUAUGAUGCAGGAGAUGAUGCAGGAGAAAGAGAGAUUGGACGAACAAGCACAAGCUCUACAAAAAGAAAAGGAUGUCCUCCAGAUUGUUGCUCAAGAAACAGAAAGAAUGAAGGUUGAAUUUGAAAAGUGUAGUAUUGAUAUUGAGAAACAAAAACAAGAAUUAGCAGAAAACAAACUUAUUCUUGAGGCAGAAACUCGUGAUUUGGAGAUGAAAAGGUCAGAAAUGGAUAUAGAAAUGAACAUGUUACAAAAUGAAAAAGUGAAACAGAGGGAAGAGUAUGAAAACCUACUGAAAGAAAUACAGGAAGAGAAGGACACUCUGAAACAACUUCAAGAAGAAACGGAAUCGAAGAAAAAUGUCCUGCAGAACCAGGAGUCGGACCUGACAUCCAGGAAGGACCAACUAGACUUUCUCCAGUCAGACCUCCAAACACAGAGAGACAACAUGGAAGAGAUUAUGAAGGCCAUUAACGAGCAGCAGAGUAACCUAACAGAAAGGAAAGCUGAGAUCGACCAGCAACAAAUAGAGCUGAAUAAUAUGAUGGAUAUCCACAACAAGGAAAAGAUUGAACUUGACCGAAUCAGGGCUGACAUAGAAGAAAAGACAGAAGCAAUUGAGAUUACCGUCAAAGAAAAAUUAGGUGCAAAAAGAGAAGAACUUGAGAAACUGCAAAAUAGACUGCAUGAAGAAAGACAGGAAAUUGAAAACACCAAACAUGCCGUGAUGAAAGACAAGGAUGAGUUGGAAAAGUUGAAAAACGAUCUUCAGAAACAAUGGGACGAGCUGCGUCCUUACAAGGAAAACAUUCAAAUUGAAAAGGAUGAACUUCAAAAGAAGAUGGCUGAGGUGGACGAAAAGUCAAAUAACAUUGAGAAUAUGAUGCAGGAGAUGAUGCAGGAGAAAGAGAGAAUGGAUGAACAAGCACAGGCUCUACAACAAGAAAAGGACGUCUUCCAGAGUGUUGCUGAAGAAACAGAAAGAAUGAAGGUUGAAUUUGAAAAGUGUAGUAUUGAAAUUCAGAAACAAAAACUAGAAUUAGCAGAAAGCAAACUCAUUCUUGAGGCAGAAACUCGUGAUUUGGAGAUGAAAAAGUCAGAUAUGGAUGUAGAAAUGAACAUGUUACAAAAUGAAAAAGUGAAACAGAGGCAAGAGUAUGAAAACCUACUGAAAGAAAUACAGGAAGAGAAGGACAAUCUGAAACAACUUCAAGAAGAAACGGAAUCGAAGAAAAAUGUCCUGCAGAACCAGGAGUCGGACCUGACAUCCAGGAAGGACCAACUAGACUUUCUCCAGUCAGACCUCCAAACACAGAGAGACAACAUGGAAGAGAUGAUGAAGGCCAUUAACGAGCAGCAGAGUAACCUAACAGAAAGGAAAGCUGAGAUCGACCAGCAACAAAUAGAGCUGAAUAAUAUGAUGGAUAUCCACAACAAGGAAAAGAUUGAACUUGACCGAAUCAGGGCUGACAUAGAAGAAAAGACAGAAGCAAUUGAGAUUACCGUCAAAGAAAAAUUAGGUGCAAAAAGAGAAGAACUUGAGAAACUGCAAAAUAGACUGCAUGAAGAAAGACAGGAAAUUGAAAACACCAAACAUGGCGUGAUGAAAGACAUGGAUGAGUUGGAAAAGUUGAAAAACGAUCUUCAGAAACAAUGGGACGAGCUGCGUCCUUACAAGGAAAACAUUCAAAUUGAAAAGGAUGAACUUCAAAAGAAGAUGGCUGAGGUGGACGAAAAGUCAAAUAACAUUGAGAAUAUGAUGCAGGAGAUGAUGCAGGAGAAAGAGAGAUUGGACGAACAAGCACAAGCUCUACAAAAAGAAAAGGAUGUCCUCCAGAUUGUUGCUCAAGAAACAGAAAGAAUGAAGGUUGAAUUUGAAAAGUGUAGUAUUGAUAUUGAGAAACAAAAACAAGAAUUAGCAGAAAACAAACUUAUUCUUGAGGCAGAAACUCGUGAUUUGGAGAUGAAAAGGUCAGAAAUGGAUAUAGAAAUGAACAUGUUACAAAAUGAAAAAGUGAAACAGAGGGAAGAGUAUGAAAACCUACUGAAAGAAAUACAGGAAGAGAAGGACACUCUGAAACAACUUCAAGAAGAAACGGAAUCGAAGAAAAAUGUCCUGCAGAACCAGGAGUCGGACCUGACAUCCAGGAAGGACCAACUAGACUUUCUCCAGUCAGACCUCCAAACACAGAGAGACAACAUGGAAGAGAUUAUGAAGGCCAUUAACGAGCAGCAGAGUAACCUAACAGAAAGGAAAGCUGAGAUCGACCAGCAACAAAUAGAGCUGAAUAAUAUGAUGGAUAUCCACAACAAGGAAAAGAUUGAACUUGACCGAAUCAGGGCUGACAUAGAAGAAAAGACAGAAGCAAUUGAGAUUACCGUUAAAGAAAAACUAGGUGCAGAAAGAGAAGAACUUGAGAAACUGCAAAAUAGACUGCAUGAAGAAAGACAGGAAAUUGAAAACAACAAACAUGCCAUGAUGGAAGACAAGGAUGAGUUGGAAAAGUUGAAAAAUGAUCUUCAGAAACAAUGGGACGACCUGCGUCCUUACAAGGAAAACAUUGAAAUUGAAAAGGACAAACUUCAGAAAAAGAUGGCUGAGGUGGAAGAAAAGUCAAAUAACAUUGAGAAUAUGAUGCAGGAGAUGAUGCAGGAGAAAGAGAGAAUGGAAGAACAAGCACAGGCUCUACAACAAGAAAAGGACGUCUUCCAGAGUGUUGCUGAAGAAACAGAAAGAAUGAAGGUUGAAUUUGAAAAGUGUAGUAUCGAAAUUCAGAAACAAAAACUAGAAUUAGCAGAAAGCAAACUCAUUCUUGAGGCAGAAACUCGUGAUUUGGAGAUGAAAAAGUCAGAUAUGGAUGUAGAAAUGAACAUGUUACAAAAUGAAAAAGUGAAACAGAGGCAAGAGUAUGAAAACCUUCUGAAAGAAAUACAGGAAGAGAAGGACACUCUGAAACAACUUCAAGAAGAAACGGAAUCGAAGAAAAAUGUCCUGCAGAACCAGGAGUCGGACCUGACAUCCAGGAAGGAGCAACUAGACUUUCUCCAGUCAGACCUCCAAACACAGAGAGACAACAUGGAAGAGAUGAUGAAGGCCAUUAACGAGCAGCAGAGUGACCUAACAGAAAGGAAAGCUGAGAUCGACCAGCAACAAAUAGAGCUGAAUAAUAUGAUGGAUAUCCACAACAAGGAAAAGAUUGAACUUGACCGAAUCAGGGCUGACAUAGAAGAAAAGACAGAAGCAAUUGAGAUUACCGUCAAAGAAAAAUUAGGUGCAAAAAGAGAAGAACUUGAGAAACUGCAAAAUAGACUGCAUGAAGAAAGACAGGAAAUUGAAAACACCAAACAUGGCGUGAUGAAAGACAAGGAUGAGUUGGAAAAGUUGAAAAACGAUCUUCAGAAACAAUGGGACGAGCUGCGUCCUUACAAGGAAAACAUUCAAAUUGAAAAGGAUGAACUUCAAAAGAAGAUGGCUGAGGUGGACGAAAAGUCAAAUAACAUUGAGAAUAUGAUGCAGGAGAUGAUGCAGGAGAAAGAGAGAUUGGACGAACAAGCACAAGCUCUACAAAAAGAUAAGGAUGUCCUCCAGAUUGUUGCUCAAGAAACAGAAAGAAUGAAGGUUGAAUUUGAAAAGUGUAGUAUUGAAAUUCAGAAACAAAAACAAGAAUUAGCAGAAAGCAAACUCAUUCUUGAGGCAGAAACUCGUGAUUUGGAGAUGAAAAAGUCAGAUAUGGAUGUAGAAAUGAACAUGUUACAAAAUGAAAAAGUGAAACAGAGGGAAGAGUAUGAAAACCUACUGAAAGAAAUACAGGAAGAGAAGGACACUCUGAAACAACUUCAAGAAGAAACGGAAUCGAAGAAAAAUGUCCUGCAGAACCAGGAGUCGGACCUGACAUCCAGGAAGGACCAACUAGACUUUCUCCAAUCAGACCUCCAAACACAGAGAGACAACAUGGAAGAGAUGAUGAAGGCCAUUAACGAGCAGCAGAGUGACCUAACAGAAAGGAAAGCUGAGAUCGACCAGCAACAAAUAGAGCUGAAUAAUAUGAUGGAUAUCCACAACAAGGAAAAGAUUGAACUUGACCGAAUCAGGGCUGACAUAGAAGAAAAGACAGAAGCAAUUGAGAUUACCGUCAAAGAAAAAUUAGGUGCAAAAAGAGAAGAACUUGAGAAACUGCAAAAUAGACUGCAUGAAGAAAGACAGGAAAUUGAAAACACCAAACAUGGCGUGAUGAAAGACAUGGAUGAGUUGGAAAAGUUGAAAAACGAUCUUCAGAAACAAUGGGACGAGCUGCGUCCUUACAAGGAAAACAUUCAAAUUGAAAAGGAUGAACUUCAAAAGAAGAUGGCUGAGGUGGACGAAAAGUCAAAUAACAUUGAGAAUAUGAUGCAGGAGAUGAUGCAGGAGAAAGAGAGAUUGGACGAACAAGCACAAGCUCUACAAAAAGAAAAGGAUGUCCUCCAGAUUGUUGCUCAAGAAACAGAAAGAAUGAAGGUUGAAUUUGAAAAGUGUAGUAUUGAUAUUGAGAAACAAAAACAAGAAUUAGCAGAAAACAAACUUAUUCUUGAGGCAGAAACUCGUGAUUUGGAGAUGAAAAGGUCAGAAAUGGAUAUAGAAAUGAACAUGUUACAAAAUGAAAAAGUGAAACAGAGGGAAGAGUAUGAAAACCUACUGAAAGAAAUACAGGAAGAGAAGGACACUCUGAAACAACUUCAAGAAGAAACGGAAUCGAAGAAAAAUGUCCUGCAGAACCAGGAGUCGGACCUGACAUCCAGGAAGGACCAACUAGACUUUCUCCAGUCAGACCUCCAAACACAGAGAGACAACAUGGAAGAGAUGAUGAAGGCCAUUAACGAGCAGCAGAGUAACCUAACAGAAAGGAAAGCUGAGAUCGACCAGCAACAAAUAGAGCUGAAUAAUAUGAUGGAUAUGCACAACAAGGAAAAGAUUGAACUUGACCGAAUCAGGGCUGACAUAGAAGAAAAGACAGAAGCAAUUGAGAUUACCGUUAAAGAAAAACUAGGUGCAGAAAGAGAAGAACUUGAGAAACUGCAAAAUAGACUGCAUGAAGAAAGACAGGAAAUUGAAAACACCAAACAUGGCGUGAUGAAAGACAUGGAUGAGUUGGAAAAGUUGAAAAACGAUCUUCAGAAACAAUGGGACGAGCUGCGUCCUUACAAGGAAAACAUUCAAAUUGAAAAGGAUGAACUUCAAAAGAAGAUGGCUGAGGUGGACGAAAAGUCAAAUAACAUUGAGAAUAUGAUGCAGGAGAUGAUGCAGGAGAAAGAGAGAUUGGACGAACAAGCACAAGCUCUACAAAAAGAAAAGGAUGUCCUCCAGAUUGUUGCUCAAGAAACAGAAAGAAUGAAGGUUGAAUUUGAAAAGUGUAGUAUUGAUAUUGAGAAACAAAAACAAGAAUUAGCAGAAAACAAACUUAUUCUUGAGGCAGAAACUCGUGAUUUGGAGAUGAAAAGGUCAGAAAUGGAUAUAGAAAUGAACAUGUUACAAAAUGAAAAAGUGAAACAGAGGGAAGAGUAUGAAAACCUACUGAAAGAAAUACAGGAAGAGAAGGACACUCUGAAACAACUUCAAGAAGAAACGGAAUCGAAGAAAAAUGUCCUGCAGAACCAGGAGUCGGACCUGACAUCCAGGAAGGACCAACUAGACUUUCUCCAGUCAGACCUCCAAACACAGAGAGACAACAUGGAAGAGAUUAUGAAGGCCAUUAACGAGCAGCAGAGUAACCUAACAGAAAGGAAAGCUGAGAUCGACCAGCAACAAAUAGAGCUGAAUAAUAUGAUGGAUAUCCACAACAAGGAAAAGAUUGAACUUGACCGAAUCAGGGCUGACAUAGAAGAAAAGACAGAAGCAAUUGAGAUUACCGUCAAAGAAAAAUUAGGUGCAAAAAGAGAAGAACUUGAGAAACUGCAAAAUAGACUGCAUGAAGAAAGACAGGAAAUUGAAAACACCAAACAUGCCGUGAUGAAAGACAAGGAUGAGUUGGAAAAGUUGAAAAACGAUCUUCAGAAACAAUGGGACGAGCUGCGUCCUUACAAGGAAAACAUUCAAAUUGAAAAGGAUGAACUUCAAAAGAAGAUGGCUGAGGUGGACGAAAAGUCAAAUAACAUUGAGAAUAUGAUGCAGGAGAUGAUGCAGGAGAAAGAGAGAAUGGAUGAACAAGCACAGGCUCUACAACAAGAAAAGGACGUCUUCCAGAGUGUUGCUGAAGAAACAGAAAGAAUGAAGGUUGAAUUUGAAAAGUGUAGUAUUGAAAUUCAGAAACAAAAACUAGAAUUAGCAGAAAGCAAACUCAUUCUUGAGGCAGAAACUCGUGAUUUGGAGAUGAAAAAGUCAGAUAUGGAUGUAGAAAUGAACAUGUUACAAAAUGAAAAAGUGAAACAGAGGCAAGAGUAUGAAAACCUACUGAAAGAAAUACAGGAAGAGAAGGACAAUCUGAAACAACUUCAAGAAGAAACGGAAUCGAAGAAAAAUGUCCUGCAGAACCAGGAGUCGGACCUGACAUCCAGGAAGGACCAACUAGACUUUCUCCAGUCAGACCUCCAAACACAGAGAGACAACAUGGAAGAGAUGAUGAAGGCCAUUAACGAGCAGCAGAGUAACCUAACAGAAAGGAAAGCUGAGAUCGACCAGCAACAAAUAGAGCUGAAUAAUAUGAUGGAUAUCCACAACAAGGAAAAGAUUGAACUUGACCGAAUCAGGGCUGACAUAGAAGAAAAGACAGAAGCAAUUGAGAUUACCGUCAAAGAAAAAUUAGGUGCAAAAAGAGAAGAACUUGAGAAACUGCAAAAUAGACUGCAUGAAGAAAGACAGGAAAUUGAAAACACCAAACAUGGCGUGAUGAAAGACAUGGAUGAGUUGGAAAAGUUGAAAAACGAUCUUCAGAAACAAUGGGACGAGCUGCGUCCUUACAAGGAAAACAUUCAAAUUGAAAAGGAUGAACUUCAAAAGAAGAUGGCUGAGGUGGACGAAAAGUCAAAUAACAUUGAGAAUAUGAUGCAGGAGAUGAUGCAGGAGAAAGAGAGAUUGGACGAACAAGCACAAGCUCUACAAAAAGAAAAGGAUGUCCUCCAGAUUGUUGCUCAAGAAACAGAAAGAAUGAAGGUUGAAUUUGAAAAGUGUAGUAUUGAUAUUGAGAAACAAAAACAAGAAUUAGCAGAAAACAAACUUAUUCUUGAGGCAGAAACUCGUGAUUUGGAGAUGAAAAGGUCAGAAAUGGAUAUAGAAAUGAACAUGUUACAAAAUGAAAAAGUGAAACAGAGGGAAGAGUAUGAAAACCUACUGAAAGAAAUACAGGAAGAGAAGGACACUCUGAAACAACUUCAAGAAGAAACGGAAUCGAAGAAAAAUGUCCUGCAGAACCAGGAGUCGGACCUGACAUCCAGGAAGGACCAACUAGACUUUCUCCAGUCAGACCUCCAAACACAGAGAGACAACAUGGAAGAGAUGAUGAAGGCCAUUAACGAGCAGCAGAGUAACCUAACAGAAAGGAAAGCUGAGAUCGACCAGCAACAAAUAGAGCUGAAUAAUAUGAUGGAUAUGCACAACAAGGAAAAGAUUGAACUUGACCGAAUCAGGGCUGACAUAGAAGAAAAGACAGAAGCAAUUGAGAUUACCGUUAAAGAAAAACUAGGUGCAGAAAGAGAAGAACUUGAGAAACUGCAAAAUAGACUGCAUGAAGAAAGACAGGAAAUUGAAAACAACAAACAUGCCAUGAUGGAAGACAAGGAUGAGUUGGAAAAGUUGAAAAAUGAUCUUCAGAAACAAUGGGACGAGCUGCGUCCUUACAAGGAAAAUAUUCAAAUUGAAAAGGAUGAACUUCAAAAGAAGAUGUCUGAGGUGGACGAAAAGUCAAAUAACAUUGAGAAUAUGAUGCAGGAGAUGAUGCAGGAGAAAGAGAGAAUGGAAGAACAAGCACAGGCUCUACAACAAGAAAAGGACGUCUUCCAGAGUGUUGCUGAAGAAACAGAAAGAAUGAAGGUUGAAUUUGAAAAGUGUAGUAUUGAAAUUCAGAAACAAAAACUAGAAUUAGCAGAAAACAAACUUAUUCUUGAGGCAGAAACUCGUGAUUUGGAGAUGAAAAGGUCAGAAAUGGAUAUAGAAAUGAACAUGUUACAAAAUGAAAAAGUGAAACAGAGGGAAGAGUAUGAAAACCUACUGAAAGAAAUACAGGAAGAGAAGGACACUCUGAAACAACUUCAAGAAGAAACGGAAUCGAAGAAAAAUGUCCUGCAGAACCAGGAGUCGGACCUGACAUCCAGGAAGGAGCAACUAGACUUUCUCCAGUCAGACCUCCAAACACAGAGAGACAACAUGGAAGAGAUGAUGAAGGCCAUUAACGAGCAGCAGAGUGACCUAACAGAAAGGAAAGCUGAGAUCGACCAGCAACAAAUAGAGCUGAAUAAUAUGAUGGAUAUCCACAACAAGGAAAAGAUUGAACUUGACCGAAUCAGGGCUGACAUAGAAGAAAAGACAGAAGCAAUUGAGAUUACCGUCAAAGAAAAAUUAGGUGCAAAAAGAGAAGAACUUGAGGAACUGAAAAAUAGACUGCAUGAAGAAAGACAGGAAAUUGAAAACACCAAACAUGGCGUGAUGAAAGACAAGGAUGAGUUGGAAACGUUGAAAAACGAUCUUCAGAAACAAUGGGACGAGCUGCGUCCUUACAAGGAAAACAUUCAAAUUGAAAAGGAUGAACUUCAAAAGAAGAUGGCUGAGGUGGACGAAAAGUCAAAUAACAUUGAGAAUAUGAUGCAGGAGAUGAUGCAGGAGAAAGAGAGAUUGGACGAACAAGCACAAGCUCUACAAAAAGAAAAGGAUGUCCUCCAGAUUGUUGCUCAAGAAACAGAAAGAAUGAAGGUUGAAUUUGAAAAGUGUAGUAUUGAUAUUGAGAAACAAAAACAAGAAUUAGCAGAAAACAAACUUAUUCUUGAGGCAGAAACUCGUGAUUUGGAGAUGAAAAGGUCAGAAAUGGAUAUAGAAAUGAACAUGUUACAAAAUGAAAAAGUGAAACAGAGGGAAGAGUAUGAAAACCUACUGAAAGAAAUACAGGAAGAGAAGGACACUCUGAAACAACUUCAAGAAGAAACGGAAUCGAAGAAAAAUGUCCUGCAGAACCAGGAGUCGGACCUGACAUCCAGGAAGGAGCAACUAGACUUUCUCCAGUCAGACCUCCAAACACAGAGAGACAACAUGGAAGAGAUGAUGAAGGCCAUUAACGAGCAGCAGAGUAACCUAACAGAAAGGAAAGCUGAGAUCGACCAGCAACAAAUAGAGCUGAAUAAUAUGAUGGAUAUCCACAACAAGGAAAAGAUUGAACUUGACCGAAUCAGGGCUGACAUAGAAAAAAAGACAGAAGCAAUUGAGAUUACCGUCAAAGAAAAAUUAGGUGCAAAAAGAGAAGAACUUGAGAAACUGCAAAAUAGACUGCAUGAAGAAAGACAGGAAAUUGAAAACACCAAACAUGGCGUGAUGAAAGACAAGGAUGAGUUGGAAAAGUUGAAAAACGAUCUUCAGAAACAAUGGGACGAGCUGCGUCCUUACAAGGAAAAUAUUCAAAUUGAAAAGGAUGAACUUCAAAAGAAGAUGUCUGAGGUGGACGAAAAGUCAAAUAACAUUGAGAAUAUGAUGCAGGAGAUGAUGCAGGAGAAAGAGAGAAUGGAAGAACAAGCACAGGCUCUACAACAAGAAAAGGACGUCUUCCAGAGUGUUGCUGAAGAAACAGAAAGAAUGAAGGUUGAAUUUGAAAAGUGUAGUAUUGAAAUUCAGAAACAAAAACUAGAAUUAGCAGAAAACAAACUUAUUCUUGAGGCAGAAACUCGUGAUUUGGAGAUGAAAAGGUCAGAAAUGGAUAUAGAAAUGAACAUGUUACAAAAUGAAAAAGUGAAACAGAGGGAAGAGUAUGAAAACCUACUGAAAGAAAUACAGGAAGAGAAGGACACUCUGAAACAACUUCAAGAAGAAACGGAAUCGAAGAAAAAUGUCCUGCAGAACCAGGAGUCGGACCUGACAUCCAGGAAGGAGCAACUAGACUUUCUCCAGUCAGACCUCCAAACACAGAGAGACAACAUGGAAGAGAUGAUGAAGGCCAUUAACGAGCAGCAGAGUGACCUAACAGAAAGGAAAGCUGAGAUCGACCAGCAACAAAUAGAGCUGAAUAAUAUGAUGGAUAUCCACAACAAGGAAAAGAUUGAACUUGACCGAAUCAGGGCUGACAUAGAAGAAAAGACAGAAGCAAUUGAGAUUACCGUCAAAGAAAAAUUAGGUGCAAAAAGAGAAGAACUUGAGAAACUGCAAAAUAGACUGCAUGAAGAAAGACAGGAAAUUGAAAACACCAAACAUGGCGUGAUGAAAGACAAGGAUGAGUUGGAAAAGUUGAAAAACGAUCUUCAGAAACAAUGGGACGAGCUGCGUCCUUACAAGGAAAAUAUUCAAAUUGAAAAGGAUGAACUUCAAAAGAAGAUGGCUGAGGUGGACGAAAAGUCAAAUAACAUUGAGAAUAUGAUGCAGGAGAUGAUGCAGGAGAAAGAGAGAAUGGAAGAACAAGCACAGGCUCUACAACAAGAAAAGGACGUCUUCCAGAGUGUUGCUGAAGAAACAGAAAGAAUGAAGGUUGAAUUUGAAAAGUGUAGUAUUGAAAUUCAGAAACAAAAACUAGAAUUAGCAGAAAGCAAACUCAUUCUUGAGGCAGAAACUCGUGAUUUGGAGAUGAAAAAGUCAGAUAUGGAUGUAGAAAUGAACAUGUUACAAAAUGAAAAAGUGAAACAGAGGCAAGAGUAUGAAAACCUACUGAAAGAAAUACAGGAAGAGAAGGACACUCUGAAACAACUUCAAGAAGAAACGGAAUCGAAGAAAAAUGUCCUGCAGAACCAGGAGUCGGACCUGACAUCCAGGAAGGAGCAACUAGACUUUCUCCAGUCAGACCUCCAAACACAGAGAGACAACAUGGAAGAGAUGAUGAAGGCCAUUAACGAGCAGCAGAGUAACCUAACAGAAAGGAAAGCUGAGAUCGACCAGCAACAAAUAGAGCUGAAUAAUAUGAUGGAUAUCCACAACAAGGAAAAGAUUGAACUUGACCGAAUCAGGGCUGACAUAGAAGAAAAGACAGAAGCAAUUGAGAUUACCGUCAAAGAAAAAUUAGGUGCAAAAAGAGAAGAACUUGAGGAACUGAAAAAUAGACUGCAUGAAGAAAGACAGGAAAUUGAAAACACCAAACAUGGCGUGAUGAAAGACAAGGAUGAGUUGGAAACGUUGAAAAACGAUCUUCAGAAACAAUGGGACGAGCUGCGUCCUUACAAGGAAAACAUUCAAAUUGAAAAGGAUGAACUUCAAAAGAAGAUGGCUGAGGUGGACGAAAAGUCAAAUAACAUUGAGAAUAUGAUGCAGGAGAUGAUGCAGGAGAAAGAGAGAUUGGACGAACAAGCACAAGCUCUACAAAAAGAAAAGGAUGUCCUCCAGAUUGUUGCUCAAGAAACAGAAAGAAUGAAGGUUGAAUUUGAAAAGUGUAGUAUUGAUAUUGAGAAACAAAAACAAGAAUUAGCAGAAAACAAACUUAUUCUUGAGGCAGAAACUCGUGAUUUGGAGAUGAAAAGGUCAGAAAUGGAUAUAGAAAUGAACAUGUUACAAAAUGAAAAAGUGAAACAGAGGGAAGAGUAUGAAAACCUACUGAAAGAAAUACAGGAAGAGAAGGACACUCUGAAACAACUUCAAGAAGAAACGGAAUCGAAGAAAAAUGUCCUGCAGAACCAGGAGUCGGACCUGACAUCCAGGAAGGAGCAACUAGACUUUCUCCAGUCAGACCUCCAAACACAGAGAGACAACAUGGAAGAGAUGAUGAAGGCCAUUAACGAGCAGCAGAGUAACCUAACAGAAAGGAAAGCUGAGAUCGACCAGCAACAAAUAGAGCUGAAUAAUAUGAUGGAUAUCCACAACAAGGAAAAGAUUGAACUUGACCGAAUCAGGGCUGACAUAGAAGAAAAGACAGAAGCAAUUGAGAUUACCGUCAAAGAAAAAUUAGGUGCAAAAAGAGAAGAACUUGAGGAACUGAAAAAUAGACUGCAUGAAGAAAGACAGGAAAUUGAAAACACCAAACAUGGCGUGAUGAAAGACAAGGAUGAGUUGGAAACGUUGAAAAACUAUCUUCAGAAACAAUGGGACGAGCUGCGUCCUUACAAGGAAAACAUUCAAAUUGAAAAGGAUGAACUUCAAAAGAAGAUGGCUGAGGUGGAAGAAAAGUCAAAUAACAUUGAGAAUAUGAUGCAGGAGAUGAUGCAGGAGAAAGAGAGAUUGGACGAACAAGCACAGGUUUUGCAAAAAGAAAAGGAUGUCCUCCAGAGCGUUGCUGAAAAAACUGAUCAGAGGAAAGAUGAGCUUGAGCAGUUCAAUACCAAUAUCCAGAUUCAAAAACAACAACUUGAAGAAACCAAACUCAUAAUUGAAGAGGAAAAAAAAUAUCUGGAGAAGGAAAAGACAGAGCUCCUAAAAAACAAAAUUCAGAUAGACAAAGAAAGCGUACAACAGUUGGUCAGAGUAGAUGCUACAACACAAACUCCUGUGGUGGACAUGAGACAGGCUGUUGCAGGAUUUUCAGUAGAGUUGGAGUCUGUUGAUGUUCCUAGACCUGAUGCAGCAACAGAAACACCUCUGACAGAGAUUGAGCAGGCUGAUGGAACAACAACUACUAUGCAGUUGAAGAUGGAUGAUGCUGCAACACAGACAGUUCCCGUGGAGAUCGAGCAGGUUGAUGCUACAACACAAGCACCUAUGGAGACAGAGCAGCACGAAGAUGGUGUGGAACAAACACUUACUGUCAAGACAGAAAAGAUUGAUGUUGCAGGACACACAGUGGAAAAGAAACACAUUGAUGCAAUUACACAAACACUUACAGUUGAGACGGUCACUGCUGCAUCCCAAACAUUUGAUGUAGAGGUGAAGGCAGCUGAUGGUGCAAUACAAGUGGAUGUUACAACACAGACAGUUGUGGUGGAGAAAGAACAAGUCGAUGCAGCACCAGUUGCAGUGAAGAUUGAAAUGGAUGAUGCAGCAACACAGACAAUUACUGCAGAGUCAGAGCACACUGUUGCAGCACUUACAGAGGAAAUGGACAGCACUUUUGUUUUAACACCUAUGGUUAAGAUAGACAUGGCCUAUGCUACAUCUCAAACACUUACAGCAGAAGUAGAGCUGGCUGAUGCUGCAACACAAACAGAUGUGGUGAGCAUGGAUCAAACAGUGAUGGUGCCCUCAGAACAGAGAUCAGACGCAGCACCACCUGAUACUACAAAACAAAUCGUUCCAGUGACUACAGAACAGACUGAGACACCUGCAGAGGAGAUGGAACCUGCAGAUGCUGCACCACCUUUGUUUAAGAUUGAGCAGGCUGAUGCUGAAACACAAACCCAUGUGGUGGAGAUCAAACAGUCUGAUGCUGAAACACACACCCCUGUGGUGGAGAUCAAACAGUCUGAUGCUGAAACACAAACUCCUGUGGUGGAGAUCACACAGUCUGAUGCUGAAACACAAACCCCUGUGGUGGAGAUCACACAGACUGAUGCUGAAAGACAAAAAGUUUCUGUAGAGACAGAACAGACUUCUGCAGCACCAUCUGAAGAAAGGAAGGAGACAACUUUAGAUAUGGAAGAAGCUUUAACAACCUUUACAGAGGAGAAAGAGAUGGUUUAUGUUACAACACCUGUUGUUGAAAUGGAGCAGGUUACUGCACCAACACCUGCAGUCCAAGAAGACAUGGCUGAGACACUUACCGUGAAGAUUGAAAUGCUUCAUACUACAACACAAACACUUGUAGUAGAAGUGGAGCAGGCUGAUGCUGAAACGCAAACUCCUGUGGUGGAGAUCAAACAGGCUGAUGCAGAGGGACCAGCAGAGAAGGAGAUGUCCAAUGCCGCAACACAAACAGCUGUCGUAGAGACAGAAGAGACUGCUGCAGCAAUUGAAAGAGCUGCCAUGGAGUUCGAUAAUGUUGAUGCUUCAACACAAACUCUAGUGGCAGAGGUGGAGCAUGCUGACACUGCCGCACAAACAGUCUCAAUGCCUACGGAGCUGGCUAUUACAGAGGAGAAAACGCUGAUUGAUGUUUCAAAACCUGACGUUAAAAUGGAGCAGGCUGAUGCAGUAACACCUGUGGUACCAGAUGACAUGACUGAAACAAGAGUAUUUGCUGUGGAUAUUCGGACGGUUGAUGUUACAACACAAACAUUUGCAGGAGAAGUGGAGCAGGUUGAUGCCACAACUCAAACAUUGGUGGUGCCCGUAGAGCAGGCUAGUGAAACCCUUGCAAAGGAGAUGGAGCCUACUGAUACUACAGCACCUGAGCAAGCAGAUGCAGCACAACCAGUGAUAAAGGACACGGCUGAUGCUGCAACACAAACUCUAGCAGUAGAGGUGGGGCAAGCUGAUCCUUCAACCCAAACAAUUGCAGAACAUGUCGAGACAGCCAUAGAGGGGAUGGAACCUGCAGAUGUUGAAACAGUAUUGUUUACGAUGGAGCAAACUGAUGCUGCCACUCAAACUUCUGAGGUGGAACUGAUGGAACAGGCAGAUGCUGCAACACAAACACAUGUAAUUGAGAUGGAGAGGCCUUAUGUUGUUAAACCAGUGGUGGACAUAAAGGUCAGAGAAGGGGAUCAGAAAGAAGAAUCAAGAGAGGUGGAUGACAAGAGUGCAACUGAGAUCCAGACCAAGAGACAGAAACUGAUGGAGUCUUUAGAAGCAGUGAAAGCUGAUAUGGAGCAAAAGAGAGCCGACCUACAAAGAGAGAGGGUGGCGAUGGAGAACAUCAAAAUGGUGCUGAACACUGAAAGAGAUGAGCUGGAACAGAUCAGGGAGGUAAUCCAGAGAGAGAAGGAGACAGCGAGCGGAAUAGCCAAACAGCUUCUGAAGCUAAAAGAAGACCUGGAGAGCCUUUCAUCUGAGACUCUACAGAAAAGAGCUGAGCUGGAGUUAGUCUGUGAGGAGAUUCAGAGGAAAAGGCAGGAGAAGGAGGGGGAUGAUGGAGCAGAAAUGGAGAGAGCAUAUGCUGAACAAAUUAAGGGACAAACUGAGAAAUCAGUUCAGACAGAGAUGAAGGGUGAAGAAUUAGAAGCCACCCGAGUUGCUGUGGCCAGAGACUGGCAUAAGUUGGAGACCGUGGAGAGGCAAGAACAGGAGAUUGCAAAACAAGCAGAACACAUUAAACUAAAAGAGACAGAGCUGAAGAAAACCUCAGAUGAUAUACAGCAAUCGAAGACUGCAAUGGACAUUCUACUUAAAGAGCAGAGAGAGGAGGCAGAGAAUAUAAUGGAGAGAACCCAGAGGGGAAAAGACAACCUUGCAGAGUUAACGUCACAGAUAGAGAGACAGACGGAUGAAUUGAAGCAUGUGUUAAAUGAGUGUCAGAGAAAAACGAAGGAGCUACAACUGAUUGAGGGCAAGUUGAAGGAUAUGAAGAGUAUGCUAGAGACAGACAUUGAACCUUCUAGAAAAGAAGACACGAUUGAAGAGCAAAUCAAAGAAACUGAAAGGAAAGACAUGGCAACAAUGACUGUUAUAACUGCUGUAAAAAUCAUGCAACAAGAAGAUGCUGCCACACAAACACCAUAUGAAGAUCAAGGAGAGGACAUGGACCAGUUGAAGCGCUGGCAAGCGGCAUACCUCAAACAGAGGGAGGAACUUUCACAGAUAGAAAUGGAGAUAAACAGACAGCGAGUAGAAAAUGAGAACGAUAUGAGGAAAGUAGAAAAAGAUAAGGAGAUGUUGUUGAGGGACAGAGCUGAAAUUCAGAAAUGCCUACAAGAGCUAGAAAGAGGGGAGGCAACAAAAUGCGCAGAAAGGCUAAAACUUCUCACAACAGAAUGGAGACUGAGAGGCUGGGACACUGAUACACUGGAACAGAAAGAGAGAGAAACUAUAAAGACUAAAAUCACAGAAAGAGAAGAAAUUGAACAAAUGAAAAAGAAGAUACAUGAGAUGAAAGAAGAACUAGAGAGACGAUGGGAAUCCAUUGAACAAAAACAGAGGGAGAAGGUGAAGAAACAGAGAGAAGUGGACCUUAGACUAGCCGAUGUAGAGAAAUACAAGGAAAUGCUCCAAAGUGAGCUGAAGAAGGAUCGGCAGAGAGCCAUGGCAAGGGGAAGAGAGGUGGAGGUUAUUAAGGAGCUAAUGUUCAAGGAAAUUGAAAUACUAAGGAGCACAGACAGACGUGUCGGCACUGAGGAGCUGUGGAGACUAGCACUACAGAUAUCCCGGCUGGAGAGGUCACUGCUGAGGACCACAGACCGAGCUGUGCAGACGCAGACAGAGCAGAGCCAGAGAGGGGUGGCCACAUCUCACCUGCAGGAGGAACAGGAGGUUCGUCUGAGGUCCAAAGGGGGGAUGGUGAUGGUCAGCUCUGUGGUGGAAGGCGGACGAUGGGGGCCCAGAGAGAGCAAAGGGACACAGACAGGAAGAGUACGGCGGACUACUCUGGGUCAGAGGUUGCUGUGGUGGGUCAGGCGGCGCUGCUGUUGCUGCUGCUGUCCAACAGAACGCCGGGGACAGGAACAUCAGUGGGUGGAGCUUCACGAAGAAGAGCUCCACUAAGGGCUUUUUGGGGGAAAAAAACAUUAUGACAUACAGAAACUCACAUAUCCUUAGAGCUUGGAUGGACACAUCUCAAAGUUGCAAAGAGCAAAAUUGGGAUUUAUCAUCAACUACAUUUAUAUUUUUGCACUUUCUUGCCUCGAUAAUUUUGAGAAAUUGUAUCUAUAUAAUUUAUGCUCUUUGUUCAUAUGAUCUCUUUCCAACAUUACCCGACUGGAGGGUGAUAUUUUGUCAGGAAUUGUGAACUUCCAAGUAAAAGGUACUAAAUAAGUGACUGCAAAUUUGUAUUUUACUCAGUUGCCCAUUACAUUCCAAUGUCUCAGGGAAGAGUUAAAUUGUAUAUGAAUUUAUUUAUUAAUUUAAAUUCUUAGCUUAAUUUUACAGCAUGGUAGUGCAUAUAGGCUUGUGUAUCUCAUACAAUGAUUCUGAGCAGCUUUUAUUUAAGAAAUAUUUACUUAUUAUAUGGGCUAUAUCAGUGCACUUGAGGCAUACAUUUCAUAAUACUUUUGAAAGCUAUCUGAAAACUGGUGUGUUGAGGUGCAAGGUGCAAAAUCUAAUGUAUUUACAAUAUGUUUGACUAUUUGUGUGUUCAAUAAAAUUAAUAAACAACUAAUAUACAAAA